AUGGCAGAGUUGAAGCCGGAGCCAGCGCAUAGUAGUCUUUGGUCGAACUAUGGCGGUCCGGUGUCCUUGUCAGCUCGAUUCCCUAAUACCAUGGAGUCGAAUCUUUCGCACCCGUCGACGACAUCUUCGCAACAUCCGGGCCGGCCCCGAAGCAGCCACCCGACUAUCGAUCACCCUUACCCGUACCCUAGAUACCCGCAGGAGGAGUCGGAUGGAUUUGACAGAUACCCGCAACCGUCUCUAACACAACAUCACAGCUUCCCUAACCUAAAGAGGCCUCACCAACCUGGUGAGCACCCGCCGUACCAGGAGAUUGUGCAGGACUUGAGAGACGACGGGUCGAAGCUCACUGUGAACCAUGAUCAUAAGUUGCUUUCUUUCCGGAGAGUCCAGGACAAACACACCAUCGUCGACCAGCAUGGGCGAAUGCAGCAGCUUGAGCUUACUGCGCAGCUCCACGGCAUGUUCUUUCUCUCGGAAAUGCCUUCAAGUACGAGCGACGGCGCGAUUCUGCAACCUGAGCUAACAUGCUAUCGGAGAAACCUGUUUCAGAUCAGUGGUUCGCUCAUCACACCGCGAGGCCAGCUCUCAGUGAUUCUCCCCGAGACGGGCGAAACAGUCCCCGUGAACAACACCGAAGUCACCAUCUCCGCUAUCGAGUCCGUCGAUGGUCAUCCCGUGAGGCUAAUCGUCAUUCCCUGGAAGACACCACCGCCGAAUUCUCCGGAACUACCCCAGACCCCGGACCAGGAACCUCCAUCGUUACCACUAAUCCCAUUCCCGGAUGAUGGACAGGAAGCGGAGGGCGAAUAUGCUGUAUAUCCUAUCGGGUGGCGGCGGCUGCAAUUCAGAAUAGCAACGGCAAAUAAUGGAAGGCGGAAAGAACUUCAGCAACAUUUUGUGCUACACCUAAAGGUAGUAGGGACAUUAGCAAACGGGUCGAAGGUGGUUCUAACAGAAUCUACAACGGCACCGAUCGUAGUUCGGGGGCGAAGUCCGCGAAACUUUCAGGCUCGAAAGGAAAUCCCUCUCCUGGGAUCUAGUGCCGGCUCGCGGGGGCAAGCAUUGGUUGAAACAGGACUAGGCAUUGUUGCAGGUCCCUUGACUGUAAAGCCUCAGGACCCGAAAUUGCGUGGCUUGAAUCUGGAAUUACCGCGGACGGCGUUUACUUUCAACGCAUCAAAGCUCCCUGGGAGCCCGAUGACGAUGAGGUCCAAUUCGUACCCCAGUUGGAAUCCUCCUAGCCAGUUGCCCAUGUCCGGAAUGCCGACUUCGGCUACUGCCAGCUACCCGCCAGCGAGUAUACCUGCCGAUUCGUACCAGAAAAUGCCACUCUCAGGAUCAUCGAAUUUCACACAGGAGCCACAAGAGAUGCCCAUGCAGACGUCGAUGCCGUCGAUGCAACUUUCCCUAGCCGCAACGGAGCAGCAGCCGCCAGCAAUCCGGACGCAAUACGCCUACGUACAGGGAACCUCGGCUCCGCCUCAGCUCUCAGUAACAACAACGUCGAUGGGCAGCAGCUCAGAUCACAGCAAUCUCAACGUACCGCGGUACAUCGACUCGAACCCGAGGCCAACUAAGAGCCCGCGUCACGGUAGCCACCAGUCCGUACCCAGCACCAGCUCUAUAAGCAAUAGCAAUGACACAUCUGAGUACCGGUACGGGCCUUCAGGGUAUGUACCCGUGAACAGCAGCUCCAGCGAGCUCAACUCGGCAUCUACAUACAACGCUGACAGCACGAGCAGUGGACAAACCGGGCCUGCCUCCAGUGCUCCUUCAUCGGCAGGUGGUCACUCUCACCAUCAACAACCUCAAUCGCAACAGCCGCCACCUCGCGAUUAUUAUCCACCUACGACAUCAUGGACAACGACUGCAGGCGAACCCAGCAGCUCCACUGCCCACUCAUACCACAAUAGCGCCGCGACGGGCAACGAAAGCAGUAGACCGUACGCAUUUCCGAGCAAAAGCGAUCACCCACCGGCGCCUGGGAGCUAUGCCUCAACUUUAAACCAUUAUUCAUGGAGCCCGACGUGA